GUGACCUGAUUUUUAAAGUAGUUUGGCGGAUAUCCAGUGUGUGUGUCGAUGUGAGACGUCUUUGUCGAAUCCUUGACAUGAUGAUGUUUCAGAUGCACGAGAGUGGAGCAUUAGGUUUUCAUCCAGGGCUUGCUGGUGCUUGCAUGGGAGUGAUUCUUUUGUAAAUAUACAGGUAAAUAUUGUUGUUGAUUAUAAAGGGGUGGUGAUUCAACAAUGAUUGGUAUGAAAACAAUGAGUGUGAUUGUUAUUUUGACAAUCUGUGAAGUAUUUAAGCUGACAAGUAAGAAAUCUGUAUGUUUCGAUGCGACAGCUGAGUCUAUGAAAAGCUUGUUGUCAGGAACGCCAAAUGCCUCGUGAGGAGUGAUAGAGAAAAUCCGGGAAAAUGGUGGUGCCCCGAGAAUGGAGGUUCAAAAUCGGCGGCCUUAUUCAAGGCUGAGCCUGAAGGACGAGUUUGACUUCGAUAUCAACGAUAUCAGUCGAGCCUCCACUCCAACGAGCACAAUGAGUUCAAAAUCUGAGGGACGGAGAAGAGAAAAGUCGCAUCGAAGUCACUCCAUCGACGAUUACAAACGCAAGAUUGCUCGUCUGAAGAGUGAGCUCGAGGCAGAAAAAGCUAGAACUAAACAAUUGUACAGAGACAAAUCAUCAGAAAUCAAGUCACUGCAAGAAGCAUACAAGAAAGAAAAGGAGAAAGAGAUCAGUAGCCUGGAGACAAAGUUAAGUCAAGAAAAACAGAAGGAAAUAGAAAUUAUUCAGGAAAAUAUAACAAAGAAAAAGGACAAGGAACUGCAGGAGGUGCUCAGGUACAAAGAAGAGGAAGUGAAAAAACUUCGGGAUAGAUUUGAAGAGGAAAAAGCUAAGGCCCUUCGAACAGUUGUGGAGUCCGAGAAAAAGCAAUUUGAACAGAAUGCAGAAAAAAUGGCCAAAGAGAUUGAAAAACUGAAAGGAGAGAAAAAGAAAAUUGAGGAGAAUCUUAAGAAGAAAUGUGAGGAUCAAGCAAGAAAGGAAAAAGAAUUCUCCGAGGUCAAAGAGGGCUACGAUGCUGAACUUCGCAAGAUACUCACAGAGUCCAAAAAAUUCGCUUUUGGAAAUUUACAAAAACUGAAGAAAGCUGAGAGGGCAUUAAGUGAAGGAAUAAUAACAGAAGACGAGGUGCUAUCAAUAACCGAAUCUCUUAGUCUCAGGGGGACUCCGUUGUCGGAGGUUUCUAGUCGCACUCCAAGUCGUCCGCUGGCCCUGUGCACAGCGGAAGACUUGGAGAUUGAAAAGUACCUGGCUUCUGCCACCCCCUCUCCACAUCCAGGAUCCACCCCUCUGGGAAAGUCCACACCUGGAUCCGUCUCUUUAGGGAAGUCAACUCCUGGAUCCACGCCACUUGGGAAAACUUUCACUUUAGACGGAAAGUCACCAUUUCGUUACAUCACUGUUCAGGAAAAUACUGAGGAAGACCAAACUAAAGAGAAGCAUAAGAAUACAGUAUCAUUUCAAAAGUCCAAAAAGACUUUGCCACUCAAGAAUCGAAGAUCAUCGGAAGAGAAAGACCGCCAUCUUCAAAAAAGAAUAGCAGAGUUGCAGGCUCAGACUCAGAGACUCGAGCGUAAAAUUGGUCUCCUGAAAACAGAAAAUGACUCGCUGAAACGACAGAAAGAUGACCAGAGGCCCUUGGAAGAGAAAAUUAAAACUCUAAAAAAACGCAAUGCUGAACUGGCAGCCAUUGCCAGACGUCUGGAAGAGAAGGCAAAGCAUCUCCAGCAGGAAAACAUGAAGAAGGUGAAAGAAGAAAUGAGCCCUCCGGAAUCGGACCACAUGAAGAAAAUCUUUGCGAGGCAGAGGGCUAAAGAUUUAGCAGAUCAUGCCAAGGCCAUGUUAGCAAAAGACCGUGAAAUCGAGGAACUACGCAAAAAAUGUCAAGAGCUGGCAGAUACUCUCAGCAAUGCUGAUUUUCUUGGGCCAGAGAAUGUGCAGAUGUAUGAAGAAAAAGAGGAACUAGUCACCAUCAUCAAACAGGCGGCAAAAGAGCGGCUACAAAUGGAGAAACAGCUGGCCAAGAUUCGACCCAAUGCGAGUCGUUUCUCAGUGUCGGCUCAGGCAGAUUUGAAGAAGUUGAAGGAAUUGGAAACAACCAAUGAGACUUUACAGAAAGAACUCGGCAAAUUAGAGAGGGCUAAAGAAGACACAGAGAAAUUAGAAAUAGAACUUACCCAGAAGAAAAUUGAAUGUGAGACAUUAGCAGAAGAGAUCAAGAAGGAAAAACAAAGAAAUAAAGAGCUUGAGAGUGAUUUACAAGAGAGUGCUGCACAGAACACACAGCUUACCGUCCAGGUGUCCGACCUCCAACACAGACUUCAGGACCUAGAAAAGGUGAGUGAGGAAUGUAACAUUCUGCGGCUGAAUUUAUCUGAUGCGCAUCAUGAAUGUGACCUAGCCAAACAAGAACGGGGUGAGCUGCAGAACAAAGUGGGAAACCUCGAGGAAACCAUCAAGAACCUUAAAGAAUCGGCCGACCGUUUGCAGAAACUGGAGAAUGAGCAUCAAUCAACACUACAGCAACUACAUGAAAAACACAGUCAAAUCCAAAGUCUGCAACAGGCCCAACAGGAUGCCAAAGGGGAAUAUGACAAAGCUCUGCAUUCUCUAAAGAGUCGUAUCAAUGAACUUCAGCAAAACUGUCAACAACAGGAGGAGAAACACCUCGAGUUGACACAAGAGCUGCAGACAUUGAGAUCAGCAGCAGGCAAAAACAACUUCAAAUACCCACCCAAUCACAGCCCAUCUCACCAUAAAGACUUAGCCAAUCACAGUCCAUCUCACCAUAAAGACUUAGCCAAUCACAAUCCAUCUUAUCCAACUAAUCACAGUCCAGCUCAUCAUAAAGAUUCAUCCAAUCAAAAGAGUUUCUCAGUGUUGCAUCAUUUUCCAUUGGAAGAAAAUUUCCACCAAUCAAAUGCAAGGCCUUUGACAGAAUGCAGUCGGUUUCCAGGAAGUGACAAUAUUCAGGUCGAUUCCACCAAGUCUUUAGACACAGGUUUUGCUGAUGAUGAAGAUUUAGACAAUUCAAACAAUCCAUCCCCUGACCAAGGCAAACCCCAGGGGGAGUUUGAAGACCCAGAACUCUAUGAAAUUGCCAAAAAAUUAAAAGAACUGGAAGCUUCCGACUCCGAGGAGGAUAAUUUAUGUGAAGAUCGAGGGGAAGAUUCUGGAAUGGAAAGUCAAAAGGAACAGAAGAUGAAGAUAAAUGCCAUAGAUGAAAACCGUCUGUCCAUACUCGCUAAGAAAGGUCCCAUUCAGGUGUUCCAGGCUAAAUACUCUUACGACCCCAUCCAGUAUUCGCCCAAUGAAAACCCAGAUGCUGAACUUCCUAUCAAUUCUGGGGACUAUGUCUUAGUAUAUGGAGAAAUGGAUGAGGAUGGUUUCUUUGAUGGAGAACUUCUGAAUGGUAAGAGAGGAUUGGUGCCCUCAAACUUCAUAGAAAAGGUUGCAGAUGAAGAUCUCUCUGAUUUCCAUGCUGCCAUGUCAGAUGCUAAUCACCAUGACGAUGAUAGUAUCACGGGUAACAGCAUACAACAAGAUCUGGACUAUGACAGCAGUGAAGAAAUGGGUGAAAAAGACACCAAGCAAAAGUUGACAGAUCUGAAGAUUACAAGGGACAAAUGUUCUCCACACCAAAGCCACAGUCAAUCAAACAGCCGUCCAUCCAGUGACCAUGGUAGUGAUAUAGAUGACCUUGACUUAUUGGACAGUAGUAAAUUGACCUCUGUCAAGGUUCAGAGUCAACCUGUCGACUCAAUGCUGCCUUGUCCAAGGGAGCUAACUUUAGACAGACAACUGACCAAUAGUAUCGUCAUCAGCUGGAAGCCACCAUUUGAUCAUAACAGACUGGACGUCAAGUCCUAUCAUGUUUAUGUUGAUGGAGUGUUCAAAUCCCUUGUGCGUAAAAAUGAGAGAACGAAAGCAUUGUUGGAGAAUGUUGAUUCUAAAGAGGACCACAGGAUCAGUGUCCGGUGUAAUUCGAACCUUGGACAAUCGGCAGACAGUCAGUGCACCAUGUUAGUGGGUAAAGAUGCCGUACCUGCUCCUAGCGACCUGAAAGUUAGUGAAAUUACCUCUAACUCCGCCCAAAUCUCGUGGUUACCGGGUAACAGUAACUAUAGCCACACCAUAAGUAUUAAUGGACGAGAUGUUCAAGUAGUCAAGCCGGGGCUUUGUGUUCAUACAUUAACAGGUUUGGCCCCUGCCACAGAGCACAGGGUGUCAGUGACGGCUGACGGUCUGUCCAUUAAUCGGCAGGAGAAAUCAGCUUUUGUUGUCUUCAAGACUCCGUCAGGAGGCAUCCCUGAGCCUCCCCUAAGUGUCCAGGUCGAAGUAGGACCACAGGAGGGCACGCUGCUGUUGACAUGGCUACCAGUUACUAUAGAUUCCUCGGGAUUUUCCAAUGGUGCCGUGGUGACAGGUUAUAUGGUUUAUGCUGAUGGUAGAAAAGUGAAAGAGGCACCGGGUCCAACAAAUGACCACAUCAUUCUCAGUGCAGACGACUUUCUUGGGUUUAUUCCCAGGCAGCUGCUGGUUCGCACAGUGACGGCAGACAAAACCGAGUCGUCCAACUCGGACACUAUCAAAUUACCGCAGUCUCUCAUACAGGAAAUUACUGACGGGGCCGCCAAGAACGUGACGAAGGACACACCCACCAAAAAACCAGUCAAGACCUCAAUGCCCCUAAACUCAAUCAUACCUGACCUUUCUGAGGGAGAUGAGGACAUUGAUGCUGUCAUUAACCGAAUCGCUGCUGAAGCAGAACGCAAUAUGAGUCCAGUUCUAGACAAUAUCGAAUACGAGGAUGAUUUUAUCGAGGCUAGCAGCACCUCAGAGCUUUCAGACAUUCCAGAGGAGGUGGAGGAGGAGUUUUCUGAGGAGGUCCCUAAAGGGCCUCCGACUAAAAUGAGCCUUCAGCUGCUUAAUGGGCAUGCAUCACUCAGCAAGAAUUCAGAUGCCAAGUCACAAAUAGCGUCUACCCCACAUAGAUCUAAUGAAACAUCACCAAAGCCAAGGUCAUCUCCGAGGAUACCAGCAAUUGAAAUUACUAGAGACAGUGGCAGUGAGAGGGGUAAUUCUUUAGAUAUAUCAGAAGAGGAAUUUGAUAUUUCUAAAUCUGCAGUGAAAAAGAGGACAGAGCCUCAUAGUGCUAAAGGACAACCAAGAAGUAUUUCACCUGUGUCGCCAAGUGCCAGUGUCUCUCCUAGUGAGAGGGUCAGUAAUGGCGGACAUUCUCGUGAGGCUUCACCACACAGGGACAGUCAUGUGAUUAGUGAUCUGCAACAUAAAAAUGAGAGAAAUACGUCAAAUCAUGUACCACCCGAUCCUCGCAAGAGGCUCUAUCCGGAAAGUCAUGUAUCCAAUAAAAACGGUACCAAUUCACAGCAUGAACAGGGUUCUGUCAAACCACACAGGAGAAGUCCGAGUCAUGGAAGUCCCAGGAAUAGUCCACAGAGAGUGAGUCCUCGCGGAGAUCCUAGUCCUCACAGGGAAUUAGGGGACAGCAAAACUUACAGUGAUUCCAAUGCAAAUGACAUGUCCCAGGACUCCACUGUUUCCGAUGGGAGGUUGGAUAAUAGCGGAGUUCAUCAUGUGCCCCACUUAGAUUUGUCUGACUGUGAUGAUAGUGGAGAUGUGGACUCGAUAAGUGGAGAAAUUAAUCCACCUAUUGAGGACAAUCGUAUUCGACUGUUUGUGGCCUUGUUUGAUUAUGAUCCGGAUAGUAUGUCACCUAAUGUUGAGUGUUUGGAUGAGGAGUUACCUUUUAAGGAGGGGCAAAUCAUCAAGAUUUAUGGAGACAAAGAUGCAGAUGGAUUUUACCGUGGAGAGUGUAAUGGUCGAGUGGGCUUCGUCCCAUGUAACAUGGUGUCAGAGGUUCAGGUGGAGGACACACAACUGGCUGAACAGCUGCUGAAGGAAAGCCAGACCAACUUCAGUCCCAGCAUGCAUUUGUCUAAUAAUUACGUGAAAUCCACAGACACCGAAUCGAGAUUAAGUCCUGCCAAAAUCUCAACGGUCACAUCCAGCACACAGGUUAAAAAAAUGGUGGCACUGUAUGAUUACGAUCCACAGGAACUCUCUCCGAACGUUGAUGCUGAGUUGGAGCUGGCCUUCAGAAGCGGUGACACCAUAAUGAUUUAUGGUGACAUGGAUGAUGAUGGAUUCUUCAUGGGUGAAUACAAUGGCCGUCGAGGACUCGUGCCCUCCAAUUUCCUGCAGGAGGCCCCGCUGAGUGAUGACGAGGUCCUAGAGAGUGCCAGCAUUGUCUCCCCUGCCAGGUCAGGCGAGAGUCUCAGUAAUUUGUCGCGGCACUCUGACCUCACGGCGGACAAAACGCAGAAGAUGGGACUUGGGUCACAAUUGGACCAACAGUUAUCACAUGAUACAGUGAAUCCAGCCAAUCAAACUCUUCCACAGAUGACCCUUCGAUCCUUAUCUCCAGAGGACAUCAAGCAAAAAAAGAAAAGUUCCAGUAUUCUCUCAAAGGGCAAAAAUAUCUUUAAAAAACUCACUCGAUGAUGAACAUGGUAUCUUUCUGCCACAGAAAAUCAUGUGCAACAUCUCUUGUCCAAUCCAUAAAAGGGAUGCUUAUGUGAUUUUGUGCAACUGACACAUAUGAAAGAGUGUAUAUUAAUAUGAGAGGUUUGUUAAACUUCUGAAUAAGUGCCAUUGCUGAUGUGAGCCGUUCAUAUGAUACACAUGUACAUGAUUGGUUAAAACCAACAAUACAAAAAGAACUUGUCUCAGGUAUUCAAAUUUUCCUCCCUGUUUCUGCCAGUUGUUCAUAUGAGAACAAAUUUUGUGUGAACAGGUAACUGAUAUUAAUCAUGAAAUUUCUUACUUUUAUGUGGAGAUUUCAGAGUCUUGUCGUAAAUCAUUUGUCUGUCAAAUUGUAUGAUUGGUUGUGAAUUUUUUUCAUCAUGGUUUACUAGAAAAAGAUUUAAAAAUUUCUAUGUGAAGCCAAAGAAUGAGAGAAAUUUUGAUUUUCUUGCCAGUUUAGACAUGUGUAAAUGCUAUAAUAUAUGUUAAUCAAAAUAUUCUGCCAUAAUAUUUUUAACACAAAAGAAGAAUUUUCCUGCUUGUAUGUCAUAAUGUUAGAAAGUAACAGAUUUUAUUUACACAUGUUUUGUUAAACUGAUAUGUCUGUGAUAAUUUAGUACUAGAGAAAAAAAUAAUUUGUAGGUGCAUGUAUAUUGAAAGCAUAUGCCUACAUUAAUGAAACACAUUCCAAAAAUCAGAGUUGGCUGGGUUCCAAAGAGAAAAAAACCUGUUAAAUUGUUCCUAUAGUAGCACAGGAAGACCAUGUCCUAAAUGACCAGAGUAUUAUAGAAUAGCUCUGGUGAUGGCAUGACUUCCAUUUUAUGUGUUAGGUGCUAUGAUGUGGUGUGAUAGUUCUGUGCCCAGUUCUGUGCCUAUUUAUGUCUCAUACUAGAAUGUUUAGGCAAACAUGUGUCAUGACAGGUGUAUCAUUAUGCAUGGCAAUUUGUUUCCAAACAAAACUCUGAACUAACUGUUCCAGCAUAAGAAAUGAGUUUAUAGCCAUGAAAUGAGCUAGUUUGUUUUACUUUGGGCUUCUUCUUUUCUGGGUUUUUUUUUCAACAAUUUCAGAUUAUUUAGGAUAUGUUAAUGUGAAAAUUCUUCAGUUUUAAAAGUUGCCUAUAUAUUAGCACAGGCACCUGAAGUUACAAACAUUCCCCCAUCUUUGAUUUUUUUUAUUAAUGUAUUUUAUUAUAUCAAUAAAAGGCCAAUCUUUAAAGCUUACAAAAAGGGUGAAAUGGUUACAAAAAUGGAAAUUGGGAUGCAAUAGACAGGGAAUCCACACAUUUGGGGGAAAAUUGUCACUGCCAAAAAUAAUCAGAAAGGGGGGUGGUGUAGUAAUCCAUACCUCAGGCACCUGUGCAUAUUAGAUAUUAGAUUAGACAGAAUCUCAGAAAUAGAUAAGAAAUAUUGUAGAUAUAUUCUCCCAAGAGAACUACUGACUUCAACAUUCCAGGGAGGUUUUUAUUGAUGUACACACUUGAUAUUACAAGGCUCCUUUAGGUCGUGUUGGGCAGAUUCUUAUUUAUUCCUGUAUCUGUGACAUUGUACAAUAUCCAGCAUAUUUAUUGUUAAGUUUUUGUAUGAAAUAGGACCAUAUGUGAUGUGAUUUCAGAAUAAAUUAUUUUUUGUAUGUAAAAGUA